AUGAUCUUCCAUAGGCCAGAAAUCCAAGCAGAAAGCGACUUUCAAGUACAUUCUGACGAAGUGUGGAGAGAGGCUUCUAAUAAGAAAGCACACACCAAGUGGGAUGUGUCCAAGAAGCCAAUUGAGCCGCGGCAUAGGCUUUUAGUCCUAUUUAGACGACGAUCAGAACGCUCAAACGGAUUGGCGCAGUGGAAGCUGGAGGGGGAGAAGCAGGCUCACGAGCCUCUCGAGCCUCUAUCGCUGAUCAGGCCGCACAUGGCUACUUCCGUAAGCUUGAUGGGAAACCCGUGCAGUAAAAAUAACCACUGCCGGUCCGCACGACUCGCCAUUAGAGUCGGUAGCAAUAAAAGCACCCUGUUGAAGUUAGCUUUGCAGCACGGUUACACCAUUGAGUGGGAAUAA